AUCACACAGGGGGUCCUCAUCCCUUGGUGACAUCACAAAGGGUUUCUCCAGCCCUUGGUGACAUCCCAUAAGGUGUCUCCAACCCCUGGUGACACCCUGCUGGCAUCUCCAGACCAUGCUGAUGUCCCCAGCUGUGUCCUCAACUCCCCCUCUUGAUGUCCUCCCUGGAUGUCCUGGUGACACCCUCAUGGCUUCUCCUGCCUGUCCCUGUCCUUUACCCCCCGGAGAUGUCCUCACCGGUGUCCCCGGUGAUGCCCUGGUGGCAUCUCCAUACCGCGUUGAUGUCCCCAAUCCCUGGUGACACCCCAUACGACGUCCCCGACCUCUCAUGCUCCUCCCUCAGGUGUCUUCAGCCCUCGCGGUGGCCCCCAGCGGCCAGUGGUGGCCACCACCAUGGCGGAAGCCGUCCAUUACAUCCAUCUCCAGAACUUCAGCCGUUCCCUCUUGGAGACCCUCAAUGGCCAACGGUUGGGCGGCCACUUCUGCGACGUCACCGUCCGGAUCCGCGAGGCCACCCUCCGCGCCCACCGCUGCGUCCUGGCCGCCGGCAGCCCUUUCUUCCACGACAAGCUCCUUUUGGGGCACUCGGCCAUCGAGGUGCCCCCGGUUGUCCCCAGCGGGGCCGUGCGCCAACUGGUGGAGUUCAUGUACAGCGGGUGCCUGGUGGUGGCCCAGUCGGAAGCUCUCCAGAUCCUCACCGCCGCCUCCAUCCUCCAGAUCAAAACCGUCAUCGACGAGUGCACCCAGAUCAUCUCCCAGAGCCGGGGACCCAAAGUCCUACCACCGGCCACGCCCCGGCCACGCCCGGACCACGCCCCUGCCCCGCCCUGGCCACGCCCAGACCCCACCCCACCUGACGCCCGUCCCAAGCCACCGCCGGAGCCCGACCUCCGUUUUGGCCAACUGGACCCGGCGCCCACUUGCCACAGCCGGAAACAACGGCAACCGCUGCGGCUCCAGCUGCCGGUGAAGGAGGAAGAAGAAGAAGAGGAGGAGGAAGAGGAGGAGGAGGGGACGGCCACCGCGGCUGCUGGGGAUGAAGGCUUCGCCGCCCCCUCCUUCGUCACCGAGGAGCCACCCUUUUUCGGGGACGUCUUCGCCGACACCUUCCUGCCCCCCUGGCCCGGGGAGGACGCGGGCGGUUUGGAGACACCGGGGCGGGUGGCGACGUUCGGGGCCAAGGUGACACCGGGUGGCUUCGUGCCACCACCACCACCGCUCUACGAGGGGGGUGCGGAGGGUGGUGUCCCCUCUGUCCCCGAGGUGGCCCAGGCCGGUCCCUCGCGGUGUCCCGAGCCCUCCUACCAAUGCGGGCACUGCCAGAAGACCUUCAGCUCCCGCAAGAACUACACCAAACACAUGUUCAUCCACUCCGGUGAGAAGCCCCACCAGUGCUCCAUCUGCUGGCGUUCCUUCUCCCUCCGGGACUACCUGCUGAAGCACAUGGUGACCCACACGGGCGUCCGCGCCUUCCAGUGCGGCGUCUGCUGCAAACGCUUCACCCAGAAGAGCUCCCUCAACGUCCACAUGCGCACGCACCGACCCGAGCGCUUCCAGUGCCGCCUCUGCACCAAGGGCUUUUCCCACCGCACCCUCCUCGAGCGUCAUGCCGCUGCCACCCACCCCGGGCCACCACCAGGGCCACCACCUGGGCCACCGCCGCCACCGCCACCACCUCCAGCGCCACCACCGCCUGAAGCUGGGAUGGCAACAUGGCCAGGAACCGAGGGUGCGGGUGCUGGGGCUGCGGGUGCCGGCCCCACUCACACGGUGUGAGGAUGUCCCCGGGUGGGGGUCCCUGUCACCCCCAAACUGGCCCCGAGGGUGGGUUUUGGGGCUUCUCCUGUGCCCCUGGGGCUGUUUGAGGACCCCCAGGAGGAACCUGGAAGACUUUGACCCCACCCCAGCCAUGGAUUCGAUGCCCUGGAUGGACAGACAGGGGGACACGGGGUCCGUCCGGCUUGUCCCCUCCCGGUGACAUGGCCCCCUUCCCCCCCCAGAGCGUGGAGGGGGGACGGUGAAUGGACUCCAUGGCACCAGCAGGUGGUGGAAAUCAACACGCGGGUUUUAAGGACAUUUUUUGUGCCGUUACUGCGAUUUUUCUCCCUAAAAAUUACCCCCCCACACACACUUCCUCACCGUUUGCCCACGUGGCAUCUCACUGACUGAAUGGUGGGUGCCAACCGUGGGCACGUGGCCACCACCGAAGGGCCUCGGUAGCCGUUGGCCCCACCCUGGGACCUCUCUAAAUCUUUGUGAUACAAUGGGACCAAACUACGUCCCCAUGGCCACCAUUAAAGGGCUGUGGUAGCCACUGGCCACUUCAUGGGAUCUCCCCAGGUCUUUGUGUUGACAGUGGACACCAGCAGGGCCAACCCACCUCUCUGUGGCCACCACAGAAGGACUGUAGUAGCCAUUGGCCAAGCCAUGGACCUUUCCCAAGUCUUUGAUGGGCAUCAAAAAGGCCAAGCCACAUCCCCAUGGCCACCACAGAAGGGCUGUGGUAGCCCUUGGCCACAUCAUGAGUCCUCCCCAAGUCUUUGUGUCCAUGUUUGUCCCCAGUCCCGUGGCUUUGCCUCCACGGGUUCCCCACAAGCCAACAAUGGGCAUUGAUGGAGCCAAACUGUGUCCCCAGGGCCACGACAGGAGGGUCAUGGAGUCACUGGCCACAUCAUGGAUUGCCCCAAGUCAUUUACAUCGAGGAUGAGUGGCAGUGG